UUUCAGAUCCGUGGAUAAAUGCCUCUAACCCUCAAUUGAGGUCUGCUUUCCUCUUCAAUGGCGAUCUGAUAGCAACCAACUGUUCUUUGAAGAAGCAAAAAAAAAUCAUCCGAGAAUUUCAAAUCUCCGAAUUAUUCACUUUUAAGAGAUCUAUUAGCUACUUCACUCUACUAUUCCGUCGGAUAACCGUUCUGUGAUCUGUGCUUGUUUCUUGAAGAUCUGGUAAUCUGAAUAUAGUUCUGGUGUUCCGGUGAUUUACGGUGGAUCGAAACUGGUUUUUGUGAGAUCAUUAAGAUGGAGACGCUUGUUGCUGUGCCGCAGUAUCGGAAUCAGUAUCAUAGUGGAGUCAAGUCUCACGGGCAUGCUGAUCGGGUUGGGUCAUCGCCAUAUAGAGAAUUCAGGGAGAUCAGUUGCCGGACUUUUGAUUCCGGGGAAGGUAUUCUUCCAACCCCGUAUAGGUUUUACUCUACUCCCGUAGCCAAACGUGCUCCUCCUCUCUCACCUAAGACAGCAUCACCCACUGAUUUUUCACUCUCCUUUGAAACACCACUGUCCAAAACCACCAGUUUCAAAAGCACUCCAAUUUCUAUCAAAACUAAGAAUGCAAAGUUUUGUAAUGAUAAGAUGUACAAGGAGAACUUGUCAUUCUCUGAGCGUUGGGCUGGGCCUGCAUAUUCGAACUCUCCACCUCCGAGUUGUCUGCCUAUACCCAAAUUCUCGGUUAAGGCAAAGCGGACAGUGUCUCUGGAGUUGCCUGGAAAUAGUGAUGCCGUUAUAGACUUUCACCCCACUGCCAAGUCUGCUCCUGCUUCCCCUACCAGAGCACAUAAACCAUCUCCUAACGAACUCUUCAACGGUGUUGAUUCUGCGACAAAGACUCUGCGUCGCAUCCUCAAUCUUGAUGCUACCGACGAGUAACUAUUAGAGACUUCGUGUCCUGUAAAUAAUGUGAAAAGUGGGUUAGUGGUAGAUUGUAUAUAGAGUGAAUAAGUUGGUUGCUAGCGUCAAUCAGUAUGUGUUUGUUUAGCUUUCAGUUGCGGUGGUAUGAAUGUGGAUCUUCAAGAGGUGGUGGCAGCCGCAAGCGUCACUCAUGGCUUUGGUGGGUCAAAAAAUCUCCAGAUUUUGCAUUGAGGCAUUGUACUUUUUUGUGGAAUUGGGUUUCUAACGAUUCCCGCUUGGGAUUGUGAUGGAAUGGUGCACAUUAUAUUUUCUUGAAGCAGAGGGGAGCAGCUUAUUGUGGAAUUGGGUUUCAGAAAGCUGAAGGGAAGCAGCAGAUGGUGAUUCGUAUCAUCAUCCUGAACAACUGAUUACUGUUUAAUCUAUUGCAGUGGAAGGAAAGCCUACACCUUUGUUUACUUCUGAAACUUUAUGUUUUCCUGUCACUGGCAUAGUCGUAGAUCAGCCGAUUCUCACAAAAUUUCUAAACUUAGGCUUCUAAUACCGGUUACCAUGUAAUUUCUCUAGAUCUCACUUCAGCAUUCACACAAAUCCAUAGGUUUCAUCCUUUUGUCAUUAUCAUUUUUAUUUCUUUGGUCUUAACUUUAGUGUCCUUUCAUUCUGUGUAGUUUAACCGGGGAUAACCUCACUGUUUCUUAGUUUAAUGUUCCUUACGUGGCUGCCUAUGUCGUCACCUAAAUGCUGUACCUCUUACUCCUUUGCUCUUUGCCUGGAUUGGGUACUCAAUUUCUGGCUUUCUCUCCCUUUAUACUAAGGUAACCUUUUUCUUCGUUUCUCUUUCUAUUAGGACUUGGGAUCUGACUCCUUUGCCUACACCCUGCAUAGGCGGUCUUCCCCCUUCACCAUCUUUUCUGUUUUUUAAGUUGAAAAGUGGGAAAGAGGGGUAAUGAAAGUAGUUGUUCUUCUCUUCUGCUAUAUGAGUUCAUAAGGUUUAAAUUUGUUGCCUAUCCUGUUGUAUCCCUAUUAGUUCUCGUUCUUUUGAGUGGGUGGUACUGCUUGCUUAAUGGCAUUCUUAUGCUUCAUCUUCCGGUGAAGAUGUUUGACCUCACCAAGCUAAUCACAAGUGAGCUUGGAGAAGAAUCUGGAAGCCUAUUCGGCACGUAGUCUUCUUGAUGGAACUAGUCUCAAGUGUAAGAUGUAUUAGAUUUAGAAAAUAGAAACAAGAUUAUGUUGUUGUUGUUGUUGUUGUUGUUUUUUUUUUUUUCCCUCACUUUUGUAUGUGGUAAAAUACUACAUGUGAGUGAGGCUGUCAGAUCUUGUGCACCACACUCUUUAAAGAGUAGUGGAGUGAAUAUGUGCUGUUGAAACUAAAGCAGUUGUGUUUUUCUGCUGUCCUCCUGUGUCUAAACUGCAAAUGCAAUGGUAGUUCUUUUGUUUUUACAUUACAAUAAAAUUUGUUGAGGCAUUUAUGUA